UAUUCGAAAUUCAAUCUCAUUACCGUAUCGAAAUCAUUAACCUCUCUGAAUCAGUUCCAAGUGAAUAAAAGUAAACAUCUUUGCUAAUAUACAACAUAUUCCCUGAAAAACCAAAUACAGAUCGACUGAUUCCUGUUAGAAAAUAUGUUUAGGGUUUGUAUUCUCUUCAGUUUCUUGAGCUUCAGCUAUGCUGCUCAUAUCUCAACAGGAAUGCCUGAACAUAGUAUAUGUUUAGGAGCUACAUUGGUAUACGAUUACAAGGGUCCCAUUCCUGCUGAUAAAUUGGAAACAGGAGACCAUGUCCACAUUAUUUCUAGUGAUAUCACUAUAACCCAUGAAAACCUAAAGUUUCCACAACUUUUGCACGUCGCUAUAGAGAAAUGCAGCUUCAAGGGAGAAAUCCAAGAAUUCUUCAAAACAAUGCCUUCAGUCAAUAGACUCGUCCUAGAGAACAAUCAAAUCGAAAAUUUCAAAAUAUCGGAUCUCCGCAUAUUACAUGACCUCGAAAUCCUCACUAUUAAAAACCAAAAAAUGGACAAUAUAAAUGCUAAAACAUUCGAAGGGUUUGACAGGCUGAAAGAACUUCACCUCAACUCAAUGGAAAUCGACCAGAUUGACAACAGGGCGUUUGGUGAAACUGUCAACUUGCAAAUCUUGGACUUGAGUGAAAAUAAGUUGAAGACAAUAUCCAGAGAAAUGUUGGAACCUCUCAAGAAUUUGAAACGUUUGAUGUUGAACAAUAAUGAGUUGACAGAAUUGACAGAAGCACAGUUUCCUGAACUACCAGAGCUUGAAGUAAUCGAAAUUGAAGGAAACCAAGUCUCCAAGUUCAAUAUAGAAAAACUCAAGAAAAAAUGCCCAAAACUACGUGAUAUUAAGUUUUAAAGAAGUUAAAAAAUAAAUACAAGUCAUGAUUGAAAAAGUAAUGUUAAUAUUUGAUCGAUUUGAUCGGUUCUAAUUAUUUCAAAAUAUAAAUGUUAUGUUUUAUCCAUCGAAAAUAAAUAAACUCGAUAUCUUGAAUAUUAUUAAAUAAUCAGUUUUAUAAUAGAAUGAUUUGAUCUGAAAAAUAUUUCGAUGUGAUAGCUUGACCCUUCUGAUUGUUAGUUUGAACUGUGAGUUUGAAGUUGAGGUACUGCUACGUAAUUUGAUGUGUAUCAACGGGAUAAAAUGUUUGGUCUUCAUUGUUUUCUGGUUCCACUGCGUCCAAAACGAAGAAACUUCACCCAAACAACCAGAAGAACAAGAUGACUUCGAACCAAUUUCAAUAGAAUAUUUAACUCUCAUUAACUUGACUGAUGCGUUUGAUGAUUCCUAUUUCAACUAUCCAGAAAUUAAGGGCCUUACAAUGGAAAAUAGCAACUUUUCAAAUGCAUCCAUAAGUCUCUUCAACAAGUUUGUAUCGUUGAAAGUACUAAAAUUGAAGAAUAACAACAUAGAAAACUUCAGUAUCACGUGGUUUGAUGAAAGUAUGACAAAAACGGUGGAACUUCUCCAUAUAGAAAAACAGGAUUUGCUGGUUUUAACCAACAAUACUUUCGAGAAAUUCGGAAGUCUAACAACUUUGUCAUUGAUUUGCACAGGAAUCCACACUGUCGAAGAGAAUGCCUUCAAUGGACUGAAAAAGCUCAGUGAGCUAGAUAUGACAGGCAAUAACCUCAAAAAUUUGACAGGUAGCACGUUGGUACCCUUGGUCAACCUGAAAAUAUUGAGGUUAAUGCACAACAAUUUCAAGAGCUUUAAUGCUAUUUUUGGUGACAGUAUUUUGAGGAAACUCAGGGUUUUGCACAUAGAGAGCAACCCCACCAAACAUAUGAAUUAUAUGGAAUUGGAAAAGUUUUGUCCUCGUAUAAAACGUUACAAAUAUUGCAUUGAUGAACCAUGUGAAAAAGAUGAGGAUUAUUGCCGAAAAAUCUGAUUCUCUAGAUGCCAAAUGUAGAAUAUUAUGAUAGGAAGCAUUUAUUUCAAUCUUUUCAAACAGAAAACCAGAAUCAUGUUCAUUUUUCAUCCUUGUCUUCACAUUCAUGUCUUGUAUUUUUUGAUUUUUCAUAAGUUUUACAAUUUUUUCAUUACAUCAUUCAAUAGUAUUAAUCAAACAUGAUUAUGAUAAUUUAAUUAUUGAGUAUUUACUAUUCUGGAAAUAAAAUAGAACACACUGACGUAGCAGA